GUCAUUGAUCUGUCAUGCUGCUGCACAAACGGCGGUUCAAAUUUUCCUUCGUUCGUUGGCAAGCAUAACGAAAUUGUAACUCCCAAAACUCCAAAAUCCGCCGAAAUUUGUUUGCAAGUAAAUAUUUUUUCACGGUUUCUGUGUGUAUUUUUUGUGAAAUAGUGGGAAAAAAACUAUCUGGGCGACAGGGUUCAUUAUGGAAGACUUUCAGAAAAUCGAAAAGAUUGGGGAAGGAACCUACGGUGUGGUGUAUAAGGGUCGCAACAAAGUAACGGGCCAGAUAGUGGCUAUGAAGAAAAUUCGUUUGGAAUCGGAGGAUGAGGGAAUCCCUUCUACAGCCAUUCGCGAGAUAUCCCUUUUGAAGGAAUUGAAGCAUCCAAAUAUUGUGUCUUUGGAAGAUGUUUUAAUGGAGGAGAAUAGACUGUAUUUGAUUUUUGAGUUUUUGUCGAUGGAUUUGAAGAAGUACAUGGACACAUUGCCACAGGAGAAGAUGAUGGACUCCGAUUUGGUGAAGAGCUAUAUGUACCAGAUAACGGCCGCGCUUUUGUUCUGUCAUAAGAGACGAGUACUACAUCGGGACUUGAAGCCGCAAAAUCUGCUUAUCAACAAGGAAGGAUUGAUUAAAGUUGCAGAUUUUGGCUUGGGACGGUCAUUCAACAUUCCGGUUCGCAACUAUACACACGAGAUUGUCACACUGUGGUACCGUGCCCCGGAAGUCCUACUAGGAUCCCCUCGUUACGCCUGUCCCGUGGAUAUAUGGUCCAUUGGAUGCAUUUUUGCUGAAAUGACCACCAGAAAACCGCUCUUUCAGGGAGACUCGGAAAUCGAUCAACUAUUUCGAAUGUUCCGAAUCUUGAAGACUCCGACGGAGGAAAUCUGGCCAGGGGUAACUUCUCUACCCGACUACAAACCAACCUUCCCAUGCUGGACGCAGAACAAUCUGAAUAAUCAAGUGAAAAAUCUCGACUCGGCCGGGUUGGAUUUGUUGCAGAAAUGUUUGAUUUACGAUCCGGUGCAUCGGAUUUCAGCGAAGAAGGUGCUCGAACAUAAAUAUUUUGAUGGGUUUGAGCGGAGAGCAGCACCGAUCGAGUAAAAGCGAGAUAAUAUUUCACAAUCUUAAGUUAUUUUCAUAGAGAUAUUUUCAUUUUUGUCGCCGUUCCGAUUCUAUGUUUCUGCGAUUUUUUUGCAGUAGGAGCUAAGUAGGAUGUAAAUAUUUCACCCGGCAGAUGGCUUAUCCGUAUAAAUCUUUUUACAACUUCUAGUUUAUAAGAACUUUUAGGUUUAAUAUAGACAGCAGGUUGGAACAGAAUUACUACUGCCCUGGUGUCGUUCUCAACUUCCAAACUGAACAAGACAACCAUUCUAUGAAACUAAGAAGAUCGAUCAAAUUAUUCGGAUGCAGUUUAUUUGGUAAAAUUAAAAUAUAAAUUUUAGAAAUAUUUCAA